AGUGGCGGCGGCGGCGGCGGCAUCGCCCGCGCCGGGAGCCGCCGCGGAGCCCGGGACCCAGCGGGCGGAGGUGCCGGAGUCCGAACGCGCUCCUGCGGAGCAGCGGGACCUUCCACGAGCCGCGCGCAGGUGUGAAUGAAUCCUGAGCAGAUCCUGCGAAAGGGGACCCACAUCCAGGCCACCUGCAUGGCCCCACACAGCUGACCUGAACCAGGACAGGCCUUGUCGGAUAGGCCAUUCCUACCUGGGCUGAGCCUUCCAAGAGGUGCCCUUGCUCUUCCCAAGGCUGUUCCCGUUGCACCUCACUCACUGCCCAUCUCCUGCAGAGGACCCAUGGGCCGGUGUGCCAGCAGGAACCCAAUGCCAGGUAGAUCCUAUGACAGCCAGGGCAGCCCCAGGCCGAGGAGCCUCACUGGGCCGGGCGCUCGGUGGCGAGUGAUCUGGUGAUGCCGGGGCGCGCGAGUGAGCACCAUGCCCAUCACGCAGGACAACGCGGCGCGCCACCUGCCCCUGCUGUGCCAGUGGCUGCAGGGCAGCCUGCGGGCGGGCGGGGCGGGCCCCGAGCAGCGGCUGUGCCAGGCGGCCAUCCGCAAACUGCAGGAGUACAUCCAGCUCAACUUCGCCGUGGAUGAGUGCGCGCCUCCCCCCGAGGCCGGGCCCCCCGACAUGGAGAUCUGCACCGUGUACCUCGCCAAGGAGCUGGGCGACGCCGAGACGGUGGGCCUGAGCUUUGGGAAUAUCCCCGUCUUCGGGGACUACGGAGACAGGCGCAGGGGGGGCAAGAAGAGGAAGCCGCACCAGGGGCCCCUGCUGGACGUGGGCUGCAUCUGGGUGACCGAGCUGAGGAAGAACAGCCCCGCCGGGAAGAGUGGGAAGGUCCGGCUUCGGGAUGAGAUCCUCUCCCUGAACGGGCAGCUGAUGGUGGGCGUGGACGUCAGCGGGGCCAGCUACCUGGCUGAGCAGUGCUGGAAUGGCGGCUUCAUCUACCUGAUCAUGCUGCGGCGCUUCAGGCACAAAGUUCAGUCUCCGUACAAUGGCGGCGGACGAGGCACAGAGCCCGGGGAGAGCCCAGCCUUGCAGCUAGCUGACCAAACCGUGAAGAAGGGCAAAAGGACAAGGAAGUUCGGGGUCAUUUCCAGACCUUCUGCCCACAAGACCACUGAGGAUUCCGCUAGCAGCGCGAGCUGUGAGUUGGACAGCGACCCCCCAACGGAGCUGGACCCUGUGCUGGGGAAUGGCCAUGCCUCUGAGUUGGAAAAUGACCCUGAUUUCCUCCAAGAGGGGGCUGGAGCCCAACUAGAGGGGUCGGAAGGUGACAGGGGAGCAGAUGCUCCUCUGCCCGCAAGCAGCGACAAAUGCCACGUCUCAAAAACAGCCAAGACGGAUGCUCAGUCCAGUGAUUGUCCAGCCAGGGAAGAAGUUGGCCGCAUAUGGAAGAUGGAGCUGCUGAAAGAGGCUGAUGGGCUGGGCAUUCAGGUUAGUGGAGGCCGAGGAUCAAAGCGCUCACCUCACGCUAUCGUUGUCACUCAAGUGAAGGAAGGAGGUGCUGCUCACAGGGACGGAAGAUUGGCCCUGGGAGACGAGCUGCUGGUGAUUAAUGGGCACUUGCUGGUGGGGCUCUCCCACGAGGAAGCCGUGGCCAUUCUUCGCUCGGCCAGCGGAGUGGUCCAGCUGGUGGUGGCCAGCAAGGAAACCUCAGCCGAGGACCUCCUCCGGUUGACAGCCCAAAGUCUGCCUGACCUGGCCAGCUCAGCAGAGGAUGUGUCCUCCUGGACGGACAAGGAAGACCAGGAGGUGGAUGCAGAUGAGGAAGUAGGAGCCAACACCUCAGUCCGGGGGACACUGCCUGGGACCGAGGAUUCCCAGGAGGACCUCAAGGGGAACCUAGAGAGCCCCAAGCAGGGCAGCAACAAGAUGAAGCUCAAGAGCCGCCUGUCAGGGGGUGUGCACCGUUUAGAGUCUGUUGAAGAAUAUAAUGAACUGAUGCUGCGAAAUGGGGAUCCCCGGGCCAGGAUGUUGGAGGUCUCCAGAGACGGCCGAAAACACUCUCUUCCCCAGCUGCUGGAUUCUACCGGGACCUCACAGGAGUACCACAUCGUCAAGAAGUCCACACGCUCGCUCAGCACCACGCAGGUGGAGUCUCCCUGGAGACUCAUCCGGCCUUCAGUCAUCUCCAUCAUCGGGCUGUACAAAGAGAAAGGCAAGGGCCUUGGCUUUAGCAUUGCUGGAGGUCGCGACUGCAUCAGAGGCCAGAUGGGGAUUUUUGUCAAGACCAUUUUCCCCAAUGGAUCAGCGGCGGAAGAUGGAAGACUGAAAGAAGGGGAUGAAAUUCUAGAUGUGAACGGAAUUCCAAUCAAGGGUUUGACGUUUCAAGAAGCCAUUCACACCUUUAAGCAAAUCCGAAGUGGAUUAUUUGUCUUAACAGUCCGCACCAAGUUACUGAGCCCCAGUCUGACGCCCUGCUCAACACCCACCCACAUGAGCAGAUCCAGCUCCCCCAAUUUCAAUGCCAGUGGGGGCACCACCACCGUAGGCCCUGAUGAGGGCAAUUCUUCAUCCCUGGGCAGGAAGACACCUGGGCCCAAGGACAGGAUCGUCAUGGAGGUCACACUCAACAAAGAGCCACGAGUCGGACUGGGCAUUGGAGCCUGCUGUCUGGCACUGGAGAACAGCCCUCCGGGCAUCUACAUUCACAGCCUGGCACCUGGAUCUGUGGCAAAGAUGGAGAGCAACCUGAGCCGUGGAGAUCAAAUCCUGGAGGUGAAUUCGGUCAAUGUUCGCCAUGCAGCUCUGAGCAAGGUCCAUUCGAUCCUGAGCAAGUGCCCCCCUGGGCCUGUUCGCCUGGUCAUCGGCCGGCACCCCAACCCGAAGGUUUCGGAGCAGGAAAUGGAUGAAGUGAUAGCACGCAGCACCUCUCAGGACUGCAGAGAGGCCGGUCCUUCUCCUGGCUUAGGCACCCCCUUGAAGAGCCCCUCUCUUGGGAAAAAGGACUCCCUGUCUUCAGAGGCGGACCUAUCUCAGUACUUUGUCCCUGACAUGCCGGGCUCCUUGUCAGACUUUGUGGUGGCUGUAUCCGAGGACGAGGAUCAUGCAGGUAGUGGCUGUAGCACCUCGGAGGACAGUAACCCACCGCCCACCCUGUCCACUCCUAAGGAACCAGUGAAAGCCAGAGCAAACAGCCUCGUGACCCUCGGAAGCCACCGCACCUCGGGACUCAUCCAUAAGCAGGUGACGGUGGCCAGAAAGUCCAAGCCCUCCCGAGCAGCCCCACAAGGACUCCGAAACCCCUUCCGCAGGCAGCGGAAGGUAGGCUGCCAGCCGUGGCAGAGCGGUGACGGUGGCAGCGAUGAGGAUGAGGAGGGACGCAGAGAAGGACAGUAUUUCCCUCCCCUGGCACCCUGGUGGACCCCAGCAGGCUCCUGGACCCAGGACAGUGCCAGACCUGCCAUAUCCAUCACUUCCCAGGCCUUGGCCCCCCAUGGCCACCAGGAGCCACCCCACAAGACUCGGGUCAGCAAGGCCUCAUCUGUGCCUCUCCUGGGCAGCCCGCUAGACUCGGAGCUGAGUGUCCCUGGCGGUAGAGGGGAUGCUGCUGCCCAGGCUUCUGUCGCGGCCUGUACCAGUGGCUCUGGCUGUGCAGGGAGGAAGGAGCUGCCUGGCUCAAAGAGCUCUCCCAAGUUGGUAGUACAGAGCAGCUGCAGGCCACAGAGUCUGUUGGUCCCCGAGAGUGCUGGCACUGCACCACAGAACAACAGCCUGGGGUCUAGGCACAAGCCUGUGGCCAGGGUCAUUGCCACACCCGCCAAAGGCCAGGCGCUGCUGAGUCCAGGGACCAGCCCAGGUGGAAAAAUGGACAAGGAAUCUCUGGGAAAGCCGAGCACUGGGGAAGGCUGCGUUUCCAACUGGGAGCCAGCAAGUCCUGGAGCCACGGCCUCUGGCUCCCAUACAGACCCUCUACAGGAAGCUACGGCAGAGAAAGGGCUGCUACCCAGGAGGAACCUCGACGUCUCCCCUGAGCACAAUCCUGUCCCACAGCAGAAGGGGCCAACUGUCCCGGACCCCAGCAAGACACCCGAGGCUUCAGGACGAACCAGGAGGUCUGAGGAGCAAGGAGAGUUGGGUCGGGCCCAACGUGAGCACUGCUCAUCCCCUGGAUGGUCGCAGCCCACAGCCAGUGUGGCCCCUGUCCUCAGCAUGACCACAGCCCACUGCGGAGUGCCUAGGGGAGACUCCCUGGCCAGCGGCAAGCAUGAGGCCCCUCCACCCCCAGACCCUCCCCAGGACUCCUCGAACAGCAACCCUCCACUGCCCUCGACAUGUGGAGGGCCCUCGGGUCACUGCUGUCCCCAAAGGAGCGGAGGGAGGCCUAUGACCAGCAUGGACAGGCUUGACCAGGACAGUGCUCAGGGCUUGGCCUGGACCUCACAGCCCUCCCUGUUGGCGUCACUGCAGCCCGACAAGCAAUUCGCCGCUGGUAGCAAAAGCUUUCUGAGCAGCUACUCCAGGAACUUCAGCAGCUGCCGCGAAGUGUCCCCACCAGGCCACGGUGCCAGUGCUGCCUCCAGGCCAUCCCUCAUGUAUGGCGGUGCUGAGGACUCUUCCUCUGACCCUGAGUCCAUCAGCGAUGCCCCUCAGGAGGGCCAAGCCCCUACUGGGCCCCUUGGGUCUCCUCGACCAGAAGAAUCUGAAGAGGAGCCUGUGGAAAUGUGCUCCCCACGCAGUUCCCCCUGCACACCCAACCAGGCUGAUGCAGAUGCCUCUGGGGCUCCCAGAGCACCACCGAGGACGCACAGGCCCUCCAUGGGCCCUGCAGCCUCAGGUUCGGCCAUACCAGGCUCUCUCCAGUCCUGCCCGCUGGCGGAUCCCAGUCUCACAGCCAGCUGCAGACCUUCUCCCACAGAGGGCACCGGCCCACCUGCCACAGUCACCAGGCACCAGCACCACGCGCCCACUGUGGCAAAUGGCCUGGAGUUGGCCAGCAAAGCUCUAAGUCAACACCAAGACAAGGACGGUGCUGCCAUGGGGGCCCCGGGCUCCUGGGGCGGGGAUCGGACCUUCGAGGGCAUAGACCUGCACAUUUCCGAGGGCCCAGACCCACAGGACUUUCUCCAGGGCCCCCGAGGCAGCUCCAGGAAGCCAGGCCCGGCCUGCUCCAACGCCAGUGGCCCCGGACCACCUGGCCGAGCUGAGAAGGAGCUUCCCGAAGCCCAAAACCUGGGAUUGUGCUUGACUGCCAGAAAGGCAGACACUGCCAUGCUGAGCAGCCCUCCUUCCCUGAGACAGAGUCCAGAGAACCAAGACUCCCCCGGGAAAAAUUCAGUGGAGGCGCAGCCCAGCAACAGCCAAAAAGCCCGGUUGGGGCCCAGACAUAGGAGACUGAGCAUGAAAGGCAAAAGCAGAGUGGGCAGUGAGGCCCCUGUGGCCAAUAGCAGUGCCAGAACAGACUCCAAGAAACUCUUGGGGUCACCACAAAACCCUCCCAAAAUGUUUUCAAAGGUGGUGUCACAGAGGCUGCACAGGGCAGAGCAGGGUGAGCUGGACCGCAAGGCUCCCAGGUGCGGACAGGAAAAUAAGCCUCUCCCGCCUGCUGCCUUGGGGCCCCUGAGGCUCUCAGCCUCUGACAGCAGCAUCAGGACCUGCGUGUCCCCACUAACCUCACCCAGGACUCCUCCCGAGCCGGCCACAUGCAGGUUGCACACAGCUGCCCACUCAGAAGCCGACAGGGGUGGCUCCAGGCUGCCCAGGGGUGGCACCGAGAGCAGGCCAUCCCCCACAGCCUCCAGAAGCAACAAACCGGAUGUGUCCACUCAUGACCAGGCCAGCUCUGCACCAGAGGUGAUUGGCCACCGAGGUGGGAGAACCCGGGCCAGCGAUGCCCGGGAAAGGACCACAAAGCUGAAAGUCCUGGAACUUGGCACUGAGAGGCCAGCUCAGAACACGAGUGGAUCCUGGGCCCAGAGCAACAGCCCAGAGAAAUGUGAACUCACACUGUGUCCCCAGCCAGGACACCCGGGGGAGCCGGGGGAGCCGGACGUGCAGCCUCGAGCUCUCAGUAUGUCCAAACUGGCUUCCUCUCCUUCCUCCCCGACCUCCUCCUCAUCAUCAUCAUCUUCCUCCUCCUCCUUCCAGCUCCUUUCCUCUGCUCAGGCAGACACCUCCCCAGCCAGGGCAGACUGUGGAUCCUUUGUGGGCUCUGGGCUGGGUGAUCCUCCAUAUUUCACGCCCAGGCCGGCGACCAGGACCUACUCCAUGCCCGCCCAGUUCUCCAGCCUCUUCGGUCGGGAGGGGCCUUCCCAGCACAGUCCAGCUCGAGCUCCGGCCCUUCGGGACACCACGGCCAGCCCAGAGGCCAGGACCUCCAGAGGCCACGGGCUUCAAGGCCUGGCCAAUGGUCAGGGGCUGUACAGUGUGAAGCCCCUGCCAGAGACGCAGGACCUCUCAACAGCAGGUGAGGGGGAUGCGCUACCGGUGGCAGAGAUGAGCUGCCUGGCCGUGGACAGAGUCAGGACCGGCCCCAGGCAGCACUACUCAGAGCAGAACUGGCCACCCGAAUCUACCUCAUUCUUCUCGGUCAAGCAGAGAAUCAAGUCUUUCGAGAACCUGGCCAACUCCGACCGGCCCACCUCCAAGGCCGGGGCUUGCCCCUUCCUGUCUGUAAGCUCCAAGCCACCCAUUGGGCGGCGGUCUUCGGGUAGCGUUGUUCCAGGGAGCCUCGGCCACACGGGGGACCCCACCCCGAGGUCGCUGAGGCGCAGCCUAAGCUCCUGCAAUGAGAGCCAAAGUGAAGGCGGCAGCAUCCUCAUCCCCCCGCUCAGCAAGUCUCCCUCCAGCUCGGUGCUGACAGGUUGCAGGCAGAGCCCAGCCGUGGCCAACAGCAGAGACUCAGACAUGGACCCAAAGAAAGCCUUGGGACCUUCCAGCAUCCCCACUGCCACAGUGACUCAAGCCGCUUCUAUCAGGAAGAACAAGUCGUCCAUGCGCCAUGCCCAGUCAUCUCUGUCCCGCUCGAAACUGCAGGAGCUGAGAGCCCUGAGCAUGCCCGACUUGGACAGGCUCUGUGGUGACCACCUGGCUGGGCCCACAGCUGUGCUCUUUAAGACCGAGCUGGAAAUCGUGCCCCGGCGCUCAUUGGGCUCCCCCUCAGGCUGCCCCGGUGGGCCCCCAGCCCUGUCCCAUCCCGUCCAGGGGGAGGACAGAGCCUCUCCGACAGACAGCGAGUCGGCCCUGCUAUCGAGAAUGAGCUGGUCGGUGAAAUUGGACCGGCUUCUGGUCUCAGUGGAGGACCAGCAGAGAUUACAGUCUGUUUUAUCAUCAGUCGGGUCGAAAUCGAGGGUCCUGACUUUAAUUCAGGAGGCGCAAGGACAAUCAGAGGACAAAGAAGAUGUUUACUUUGUCGUCCUGAACAAAACAGAAGGCUCAGGUUUGGGAUUCAGCGUGGCAGGAGGGCCGGAAGUGGGCCCCAAAUCAACCGUGGUCCACAGGGUAUUUUCUCAGGGGGCGGCUUCUCAGGAAGGGACCGUGGAUAAAGGCGAUGUCCUUCUGUCAGUCAACGGCACCUCACUGGCGGGCUUAGACCAUGGCGAUGUCCUAAAGGUUAUGCACCAGGCGCAGGUGCACAGAGAUGUCCUCGUGGUCGUCAAGAAAGGGAGCGAUCAGCCCCAAAAGGAGCAUCCUCCAGCUGGUGAGAAGGGCUCUCUGGCUGGGAGGACCAUUCCACUGGAACCUGCACUAGGGAGAAGCGGAGCCACUCCCGAUGCCGUGUGUGUGGAAGUGCUGAAGACAGCGGCGGGGCUGGGCCUGAGUCUGGACGCGGGGAACUCGUCCAUGUCUGGAGACGGGCCCCUGUUCAUCAAGAGAGUCUACAAAGGUGGUGCAGCUGAACAAGCUGGAACAAUAGAAGCUGGAGAUGAAAUUCUUGCCAUUAACGGGAAGCCCCUGGUUGGGCUCCUGCACUUCGAUGCCUGGAAUAUUAUGAAGUCGGUCCCUGAGGGGCCUGUGCAGUUGGUGAUCAGAAAACACAGGAAUUCUUCCUGAAACAGGCACCAGCACCAAUCCUGCAGGAAGUGCUUGGCAUGUUUUUUUGGGGGGUGGGGGGGGGUGGGAGGUUGGUGUUUUUAUUUUUUAAAAACAAGAAUCUCCUUGUCUUAGUUCCCUUCUUCAGUUAGCAAACCAGAGGACUUCUUUCAAUAAUGAGCUCCUGUAACAAUAGACAUUGCUUUUUUCGGCCAGGACUCCCAAAAUCUCCAGGUUUUUGCUUAAACCUGAAGCUGAUGUGUGCACAGCAGCAAGGGAGCUAACUCUGGGAAGCCUUCCACCUGGAUCCCCCAGGCCCAGAGGAGUUGUCUUAGUGCCUCUGUUUACUGAUGGGAGACAGGUGUGACACACUCUUCACUCAACACACAUAGCGACACCUUCGAAUCUCCCUCAUCACCUCUCCCAACCCACCCAUCUGGGCAGUCAGGGAGCCACUGAAGUCAGAGGGGCAACACAAAUGCCACCACUAAAAGGAUUAUAGUUUUAUAGAAUUUUAUAAGUAAAUCAUAGUGAUUUUAGACUCAGCCCAUGGAAAGAGGAGCUGUAGGUCUGUGAUAUCUUGAAAUGAAACUUAAAAAAAAAAAAAAGAUAAUUAUGUAAUUAUGACCUAAUGGUUAGUCUGAGCUCAGGAAUUACCCACAAGUGAAAAAGAAAUAGAGAGGUAUUUUUAAAAAAAUAAAUAAAUUUAAUGUGCAACCUAUGGAUGCAGAGGUCAACUCAAUGGGUUACUGAUGCAGUGUUGAUCCUGAUCUGUGAGUUGUAAGUCAGGGGCUGUUUUCUCCAAGAACAGCCAAGUCCAGUGUUCGAAAUAGCCAUGCACUUCGCUGCUGGGAGCGAACAGAAAGUUCCCGCUCUGAAAGCACCUUGCAUCUUCUUUUGAAACUCGUCUUGAAUACCUGCUUGAGUACUUGAAAUUCCACAGUGGUCAACACAGAAGCAGAAGCUAAAUCACUGAGUCUCCACUCCCAUGUGUUAUGCUCUCCAACCGUUCAUCUAAAACUUAAGAUCAAGUAUGUUUUUAGCAUCCUUGGAUUUCUAAACAUAAACAUUAUAUUUAUAAUCCAAAUAGAAGAGGUUAAAAUACUUUUGGGGGGAACUUUUAAUUUACAUGUGUGCCCCCUUUCCCCACCCGCCCCAACUCAAGCUUAAGAAAAACAGUCUCUUAAGUCCUGGAUCUCUCUUGACCUGGGUGUAAUGACAUUGCUCUGCCGUGACUGAAGUUUCUGCUCUUUUCCUGUUUUGCCAAACAUGGUUCCCUGCCCAAAAUGUGUAACCCACUUUCUCCUUUGGAAGCAUGAGCUUUUUUCCUAGUAGCUGUUACUAUCAGCAUCUGCUGGGCUGUUGGUCACAAAAUUGGCUUUUCUCGCCUCACGCUACACCUUUAGUUCCAAACCCUCCGCAGCUCCAUUGAUCAAAAUGUCUGAGAAAAUGAGGGGCUGGAGAGAGCUCAGGAGGGUGCAUGCUGCAUGCGGGAGGCCCAGAUUGGACCUCCAGCAACAUCAGAAGCAACCCCUGAGCGCUAAGUCAGGAGUGGCCCAAAAUACAAAUAAACGAAAAAGGAAAUGGAGAGCAUGGGUACUUCACUCUUUCAAGCUAACUUCUUCAGUUACUCGGGUGCACGGGCCCGGUAACUGAAGCCCACACACGGGCUGGAUCGCAUGCCUGCAUGCUUGAUGACGAGGUUUUAUGUUGGAGACUUCCUUAAUCCACAGCUUUGGGGGCGAGGUUGCAUGCCUGCAUGCAUGAUAAGGCUAAGGUUUUAUGUUAGCGAUUGCUUUAACCUACAGCUUUUGGGGAUGAGGUUGCAUUCCUGCAUGCAUGGUAACACUCAGGUUUUAUGUUGGAUAUUUCCUUAACCUACUGCUUUGGGGCAAGGCUGCAUGCCUGUAUGCAUGAUGACAUUAAGGUUUUACGUUGGAGCUGUCCUUAACCUACAGCUUUGGGGAUGGCUUUGAAAAAAGAACUCAGAGCUCAUUACACCCCGAUCAUGUAGGUCCUAGGCCCAUCACCUCCCUUUUCUGAAUGGCCAAUCCCAGUGCACCUCUGUGGGGUUAGCCCACAGUGAUCGGCCCAGUGGGCUCUGGCUAGGUCUUGUGAGUGCAGAUAGCUCAUUCUUCUCCUGGGCUAUAUGUGAGAAUGUAGCACCUCAAUUAGCUCGGAAGAUCAGAUUCAUUUAGCUUUGACUUUUCACUCCAGUUCCAGGUAGGAUAUUAUAGGCCAUCAGUGCAAGGUGCAUGCUAGAUUGUCGUUCAGUCUCUAGGGUCUGUCUUGUGGUUUCUGCUUUCUUGUCUAAGUGACAAAGAGACCAUUAGAAUCAACACUGCAAAUGGUGUUUUGCCUCCACUCUUCCAGCUAUUCCUCCUAAAGAGAAACACAUCAACCUGCCUAGCAAACAGGCAUUUCCAGAACAAUGUGGAACAAUGGUGUCAUCUCCUUCUGAGACCCCAAUCCUCAGAGCUACAUGAUACAAAAGGAAACCUCUGGCUUACUAAAGACAUCAGCCACUUGGCUGGGUCCUGCCAGACGUGUUUCCUGGCUGACAGCUGGAAUAUAUAAGAGGAAGCCAAAGCUCAACUGUCUUUGACCCGGAAAUAGAUCUUUGACCCGGAGAUAAAACUAUUUCUUUGUCUCUUCCGUGUUCGAGGCAUGGCUAGUGUUUCUGAUUAGUCUAAUCCCCACACUUCCUGAAGUGAACACUAAUGGUAUUGUCCUACUAAAAUUUUGUUUUAGUUCUCUAACUCAUUGUUCACAAUAAGCUAUGAGGGUAAAUAUGUGUUAUAACAUGUAAAUCAUAGUUGCAAGGCUAUUCCGUAAAGUAGGUGGGGUUUCAUUUUCCUCCUUCCAUCCACAUCUUGUUUAAUUUGAUGGUUGACUUCACCUAUUGUAUGAUAGUAUCCAUUAUCCUUUAUUUAUGUAAUAUAAAAUGCCUUAUAUAUUAAAGAGUCAGUGCAAUAAUAUGAAAUAGCCUGUACAUUUUUAAAAUGUUGUCGCCAAAAUUAUGUAAAUCCACAUCUCUGUAAACAACUUUUUUAAAAGUAAUUUUAAAUAAACACUGCUUACUAUACUUUGAA